AUGACUCGCUGGAAUUCACUCCCUCAAGAGAUUCGCGGCAUGAUCUUGGGGUACGUCGUCAUUCACGAUCGCAUCGCGCCCUAUGCUCCUGUCUCGAUAGAAUGGCACGACGCCAUUGAGAAGACCUUUCGGCACCUUCGUAUUCAAGCUUCAUCUUCGGACGCUUGUGGUAGGACCCCAACGGUAUUUGAGAGUCUUAGCCGGCUGUGUGGUCGACACAGGCGACUCGUCAAACACAUCUGGCUCAACAUUGAGCAUACCAAGCAUCCUAAAUGGUGGGACGGUAGCUAUAACCUUAGCUCGGAGGAUCGGGCUAUCAGCGUUACUGUGAAACGGUUAUUCCAGGCCUUGGAAUCCUAG